AUGGCAAAAUUUAUCGCAACUAUUAAGGCAAUAAUAACGCGCUUGGUUUUUGCACUACACGGGUUUGUUGCCAUUUGGCAAGUGACGAUUUUUAAGAAAAAUUAUUUUUAUUGGUACUUGAGUUCACCGAUUUUGUUGCUAUUUUUCGAAGGGAUAUUCACCCUCACCAUUAAGGAAAAUCAAGAGUGGAAGUGGUUCUGCCCUUCUGUUUUUCUUUAUUUGGCAAGCAUAGUCCCUGCAAUUUGGCUCUUGGAACUGGACAAAGUCGAUCGUCGAUUAAGAGUUAAAGAAGAGACAUUUAACUUAACUUCAACGGCAAAUUUAAAAGAGUUAAAUAGCCUAAUUGGGGUCCAAAUAAAACUGCCUGAAAUCCCUCUAAGCACCGAAACGUGGAUUACUCUAAUUGAACAAUUUUUAAUGCUAAUUCUUAUAAUUGGGCGUUGGAUGUUACCUAAAGGUGACUUAACUCGAGACCAACUAAGUCAGUUGCUUCUGGUUUACAUUGGAACGGCUGCCGACAUCAUAGAGUUUUUUGAUUCUUUCAAAGACGAUAAAAUCGCCUCGGAACCGCUUUUAGUAUUGUUAACACUGGGAAUUUGGUCAUGGAGUCUGAUGCAGUUUACUGUUGUUUUGACGGCAACRAAAUCAAGAAAAUCCCGGCUUACGUCGACUGGUUCUAUAAUUAAUCAGUCCGACAGUUGCUGUACUAUAGAUGUGUGGGGAAUUGCACUCAAUAUCACGUUGCAAGAUGCUCCAUUUUUGGUGUUUCGCCUUUUAUUAAUAACGCAUUUCCAAAUUAUUUCCUACAUGAAUGUGUUUUUCACGUGCAAGAACACUCUGGUUAUACUUUUGCAACUUUAUAGACUUUACGUYGUUUACAGCGAGCAUGGGAAACGGCGGCGACCAAAAAACGAUUUCGAAUUGACCAAUAUUUCAAUUAUUUCAAAACCCGAUAUGUACGGAGGCAGAAAAAAAUACAGAGAGAGAAUUAAACCGAAGAAAAAUCGACCAAAAAAAGUGCUUUCCGAAGAGUCGGUAGAUUCAAGUGAGGAUUCUUCCGGUGACAAAAAGAAAAAAAUCAAAAAUUGUCGCAAAGACACGGGAUACUCAACUGGGAGUUCCCACACAAGUGCUCGAGGUCACAAAGGCCGGAACAAGAAAUCAAAAAGUCGGGAAAAUUCUUCCGAGAAUAAGAAAAUGAAAAAACUCAAACGUUCUGAUCAAGAAACCAAAGGCAAAAGGCGACUCGAAGAAGCAUUUUCUGAAGAAAGCGAAAGUGACCUGUCGCCGGUUGAGAAGAAAGAAGAAAAACGGACAAAGAAAGUCCGAAGUUAUGAAAAAGAACCGACAAUUUCGGUGUCUACAAGUGACGCGUCAUCAGAAUGACGCCAUCAAUUGGCCAUAAUGGCUAUAUUUUGCCUCUACCUCUUUAUUUUUAUAUGCUGUCUAUUUUUUAUAUAUUGCGGAAUUAAUUCCGAAGGAUUAGUCAUAGCCAAAGUUUAUAAGAAGAAUAAAACUCAUCACUGAGAAAUUGUAGCAGAAACUGAAGUGUUAUUAGGUUUUGUGAUAGAUGCAGUAAAACUCGUAAAUAUUUAAAGAAAAAAUUAUUUUGAAUAAUGAAAAAUAACAAUUCUAUUUAACACAUCACAUUUUUAGCUUUAACUAUGUUAAGAAUUUCAUUAAA